UUUCGAGUGUCUUGAGGUAAACAAGUAUUUGGAGGAUAGAAAAAUGCAUUUCGGUCCAGUCCGCAUUUAUGCAUUCAUAGUUAUAAUCGCCCUAUUCGACGCCACUCUCGCAAUUGGCGGCGAGGAUCGCAAUGAAAUCUCAGUGGGUGCCAUUUUCUAUGAAAACGAAAAGGACAUCGAACUCAGCUUCGAUCAGGCGUUCCGCGAGGUCAACAACUUGAAGUUCGCCGAGCUGCGAUUCGUAACCAUCAAGCGGUUCAUGCCCACCAACGACAGUUUUCUUCUGCAGCAGAUAACAUGUGAGCUGAUUUCCAAUGGCGUUGCGGCUAUUUUCGGACCAAGUUCAAAGGCAGCUAGUGAUAUUGUUGCGCAAAUCGCCAACACCACCGGCAUUCCCCACAUAGAGUUCGAUUUGAAACUGGAGGCCUCUCGGCAGGAGCAGCUCAACCACCAAAUGUCCGUCAAUGUGGCACCCUCGCUGUCCGUCCUAUCGCGAGCCUACUUCGAGAUCAUUAAAACCAACUACGCGUGGCGAACCUUCACUUUGGUCUAUGAGACGCCAGAGGGUCUCGCACGUCUUCAGGAUCUGAUGAACAUUCAAACUCUGAACAGCGACUAUAUCAAGCUCCGCAAUCUGGCGGACUACGCAGGUGACUAUAGGGUGCUGUGGAAGGAAGCGGACGAGACUUUCCAUGAGCAGCGCAUUGUUUUGGACUGCGAGCCGAAAACAUUGAAGGAGCUACUAACGAUUUCCAUGGAAUUUAAGCUACAAGGACCAUUUAGGAACUGGUUUCUCACGCAUCUGGACACGCACAGUUCGGGACUUAGGGAUAUCUACAAUGAAGACUUCAAGGCCAACAUAACCUCUGUGAGGAUAAAAACAGUUGACCCAAAUCCGUUUGACAGGAAGAAGACACGCAUCACCAUGGUGGAUCAAAUCUUGGGGAACCAAACCAUGCUGCCCAUUCUCAUCUUCGAUGCUGUGGUCCUUUUUGCCAGCUCGGCCCGAAAUGUCAUCGCUGCCAUGCCCUAUCAUCCGCCCAAUCGACAAUGUGGCAAUUCUUCGCCCUGGAUGCUGGGAGCAUUUAUAGUGAAUGAAAUGAAGACGAUUUCCGAGGACGAUGUGGAGCCGCGCUUCAAGACCGAGAACAUGAAGCUGGACGAAAACGGGCAGCGAACCCAGUUCAAUCUCGAGAUCUACAAGCCGACCGUGAACGAACCCAUGAUGGUCUGGACGCCUGACGGUGGCAUAAUGAAACGUCGCCUCAGCCUGGAACUGGACAGUGGUGCCACUACUCAGGACUUCUCGGUGCAGCGCAAGGUUUACACUGUGGUGACGCACUACGAGGAGCCCUACUUCAUGAUGAAAGAGGACCACGAGAAUUUAAGAGGACGGGAGAAAUACGAGGGCUAUGCCGUGGAUCUCAUAAGAAAGCUGUCGGAGCUGCUGGAUUUCGAUUACGAGUUCAUGAUAGUCAACGGCAAUGGAAAAUAUAACCCGGAGACAAAGCAGUGGGAUGGAAUUAUACGAAAACUCAUAGACCACCAUGCCCAAAUUGGCGUCUGCGACCUGACGAUCACCCAACUUCGACGGUCUGUGGUGGACUUUACGGUGCCCUUCAUGCAGCUGGGCAUUAGCAUUUUGCACUACAAGAGCCCUCCGGAACCAAAAAAUCAGUUUGCCUUCCUGGAACCCUUUGCCAAAGAGGUCUGGAUUUACAUGAUCUUUGCUCAGUUGGUCAUGACACUUGCAUUCGUUUUUAUCGCCAGGCUUUCCUAUCGCGAGUGGUUGCCCCCGAAUCCCGCUAUUCAGGACCCAGAUGAACUGGAGAAUAUUUGGAAUGUCAACAACUCGGCGUGGCUGAUGGUGGGCUCUAUUAUGCAACAGGGAUGUGAUAUUCUACCCAGAGGUCCGCACAUGCGUAUUCUGACGGGAAUGUGGUGGUUCUUUGCCCUAAUGAUGCUCAGCACCUACACGGCCAACUUGGCCGCCUUCUUGACCAGCAACAAGUGGCAGAGCAGCAUAAAGAGCCUGCAGGAUCUGAUCGAGCAGGACGAGGUUCACUUCGGCAGCAUGCGUGGUGGCAGCACUUCCCUGUUCUUCUCCGAGUCCAAUGACACUGACUACCAGCGGGCCUGGAACCAGAUGAAGGACUUCAACCCAUCCGCCUUUACUAGCACCAAUAAAGAGGGCGUGGCACGGGUGCGCAAGGAGAAGGGUGACUAUGCCUUCCUCAUGGAGACCACCAGUCUGACAUACAACAUUGAAAGGAACUGCGAUCUCACCCAGAUUGGCGAACAGAUCGGAGAAAAGCACUACGGACUGGCUGUUCCAUUGGGUGCUGAUUACCGAACCAACCUGAGCGUCUCCAUUCUCCAGCUGAGCGAGAAGGGCGAGCUGUACAAGAUGAAGAACAAGUGGUGGAAGAACCACAAUGUGACCUGCGAAUCCUUUCACGAGGUGGACGGCGAUGAGUUGUCCAUUAUUGAGCUGGGCGGCGUAUUCCUUGUCCUGGCCGGUGGUGUCCUCACCGGCGUGAUCCUGGGCAUCUUUGAGUUUCUGUGGAAUGUGCAAAACGUGGCGGUGGAGGAACGAGUUACCCCCUGGCAGGCCUUUAAGGCGGAGCUCGUCUUCGCGCUCAAGUUCUGGGUACGCAAGAAGCCGAUGCGGAUCUCCAGCAGCAGUGAUAAAUCCUCGUCGAGGCGAUCGUCGGGUUCCAGGCGCAGUUCCAGGGAGAAAACCCGCAGCAAGACGGUCAGUUAGGAGCUCAAAAAAAGUUAUACUUUGGCAUUUCAAUAAAAAGCCGACUCAAAAUGGGGCAAUCCAUGGACCAUUGAUAUGUGCACACAUGAAUGCAGCUGUAUUUAUAGAAUUACUUUAGAGCACAGAAAGCGCAUUUGGGUAAAUUCACGAGCUGGAGAAUUAUAAUAAUUAGGUAGAGCGUUGACAAACAAACAAAAAUUGUGGCGUUUAAAAACUUAAAACCAUUGACCAUUUGCAUUUGGUAAUAAAUGCUUCUUCUUAAAAAAUAUUUACAAAGCGUUGUGUUAUUUUAAGCCGAAUCGAUUGAAUAUAAUAAAAAUAUAUUAAUAUCCUA